GAAGACAUUGCCAUGAAAACUGAUACGCCGUUUCUCGUCAGCUACUCAACCCAGGUCAAGUGAUCACGUAAAACUGCGGUAAUUCUAUUUUAGGCCGCUUCUAAUAAAAAAGAGGCGGGGACAAUGAGGAGGAAUUUACUUCUUGAAGAAGCUUUUUAAGAGUUUACGGCGUGCUGUUGCCAUAGAGACACACAACGAGAACAGAGAGACGAACGCUUGGAAACAAUGUAACGUACUGAACAUAACUGUGGAUUUCAGAACGCAGAAACAGUUUUUCAGGUUCAUCAUGUCAUGCACCCUGGCCAAGGGCAGGCUUGAAGUUUUGCAGAUCUAUCGGCUACUGCAGUGCGUCCAGGAUGGAGAUAAGCUGUACAUAGAGAAAUUAAUCAGCAUGGGUGUUCGGGAUCUCAUAAAUCUCACUGAGCCACAUGAGGGGAACGGUGUCCUGCACCUGGCAUCGGUGGGCAACAAACCCGACAUGCUGGAGUUCCUCAUAGCUCAAGGUGCCCGUCCAGACAUUCAGGACAGGAGGGGGAGGACACCCCUGAUGCUGGCCGCAGAGCUCGGAUAUGAUGGAAUCGUGUCUCUACUGGCCAAAAACAACGCAGACAUGAAACUUGUAGACAAAGAGGGGAAAGGCUUGCUUUUCUACUGCAUCCACCCUACCAAAAGACACAUGCGCUGCCUCCAGGUGGCCCUUAACGGCAAUGCAGAUGUCAACAAUGUUUCAGACACUGGGAUGCCAGUGUUCCUGCUGGCCUGCGAACAAGCUCAGGACUGUGAAGGAAUGUGUCUCAGUAUCCUAGAAAGAGGUGCAGACCCCAAUGCUAAAAAUCAGGAUACUGGUCGGACAGCUCUGAUGGAGGCCACCAGAGCAGGAGCAAUAGAUCUUGUGAGAGCCAUUCUCAAGAAAGGAGGAAAUGUUAAUGCCUUGGAUAAGAAGCAAUUCCAUGCAGCUCACUUUGCCGCUGAAAGAGGCUUCUUUGAAAUCAUUACGGUGUUGUCUGGAUAUGCAGCAGACUUUGGAGCGGUAACAUCAGAGGGGGAUACACCUCUGCACUUCGGUGCUUCUGGGGGCUACACAGAUUGCUGCAGGUUUUUAGCUCAAAGAGGAUGCAAUCCCAAACUGAAGAAUCAAGAAGGUCUGCUUCCCCGUCAGAUUGCUAAGGACUGUGGUCACAAAGCCACCGUCAAAGAGCUAAAGAAGGCUGAACGACUGCAUGGAAAGUUCUCAAAAGGAGCAGGUGGCACAAAUGAACCAUGGGCUCUGACGCUUCACGACUGGUCUCAUGAAAAUGAGAGUGCACUGAGAAGUGCUUUUGAGUCAGCAUCAGAUGGCUACAUGGGAAUAGAAAUGGUGUCCAGAAUGACAUUUGUGUCUGUCCUUCAGGACCUUCACACUCAUCUAGAUGAUAAACAAAUUCAUGCUCUUCUGCUUGCUCUCGAUAAGAGAAGAGAAGGCUUUAUAAAUAUAAGUGAUUUUCUAAAAGGUCUCAAAUAUCUUCCAAAGACAUAUGUUAUGGCUUCUUAUGGGCCUAAGAAGAAGAAGGCAACCAAGGCAGGAAAGACCAAAAAGGCUAAAUUCAAUGCACCUAUGCCCAUCUGCACUGUCCCGCCUGAUUUCAUUCAUCGGCGUGAAGAUGGUGGACCACCACAUUUUAUGAUUGAAAGCUACCAGCAUGCCACAGAUACCCACAGAUAUGACCGGGACCAUCGACCAGGGCACCCUAUCGAAGAUGAUACAGCAUGGUACAUCGAUGAGCCCGAAAAGAUAUACAUAAAUAUGAACUACUGUGUUAAAACAGGAGAUAUUGAGUCUCUCAGGUUGGCACUCAGCCAAAAGAUUCCUGUAGAUGUGAAAGAUCGCUUCUACAAGACACCACUUAUGGCUGCAUGCGCAAGUGGGAACUACGAAGUGGCAAAGUUCCUUCUUGAUAAUGGGGCUGAUGUGAAUGCAUGUGAUCAGUUCAGUUGGACACCUCUCCAUCACGCCUGUCAUGCAGGACAGCUGGACAUCAUACAGUUGCUGCUGGAGGCGGGAGCUUCUGUGGACCCGCCUGCCCUCAAUGGAGCCACUCCCCUAAUGAGAGCCAUUGAGAGCUGUAGACCGUCCUGUGUAGAGUACCUCAUCAAAGCUGGAGCCAAGGUCAAUGCAGCAAAUAAGACAGAGCAAAACUGCUUGGAUGUUGCCCACGCUUAUGCAGACUUCAGGGUGGUGGAUUUGAUCCAGGCUAAGAUUAAUACGCUACCCAGACCUAAGGAGAAUAAGAAGCCCCAGCCUGUCAGAGUCCUCCGCAAACUAACACCAGCCUCAACCCCUGGAUCUUUAAAAGAAAAGCAGGGCACCGUUCCCACUCCUACAGCCUCCUCGAACUCAGCAGUCAAGAAAGCAAUGAAGAAGGACAGUGUUAUCGUGCACAGCGCUCAGAUCACUACCGGCAAGCUCAACAAAUUGGACAUCAGUUUUGUGCCAAGAACGACGUGGCAAAAUCAGCUGACCACCACUGAGCUGAUGGAUAGGAAAGCAAGGAGAAGGCAGCGUUUCAGUUUUGAUGUGGACUUUGAUGACUUCAAGAUGCCAUUCAAUAAAAACAUUCAGAAAAAGUCAGCGGAGUUUGAGCUCACUGACUGAAAGGUUUAACUAAGAAAAAAGUACCACCAGGAACCUGCUUAAGCACCCUUGGUUGGGAAACACUGCCCUACAGAAACAUAUCAAAGCAAAUGAAUCAGAGUAUAAUUCAUCAAAUGUGUGUGCAUUAUGACACAAUGUGGCUUGAGGAAAUCCGUUUUUACCUCUUCAUACGUUUUCUACUUGAACGUGAGCAUCCCAGUGAAAAAAAACGAAGCUGCAGGUGACGCAUGAAGAGAGAGAACCCCCAUGUUUCCAUGGCAACGUGCAGGUGAAGGCAUCGAGGACUAAUCUGGUGUUCGAUCUAUGAAGCUUAAGCAUUGUUACAGUAGUCUUCGCUUAAAUCCAUCACACACACUCAAUAACUUGUUUUCUACUGAUGUCUCCACCUAAUCCCAAAAUGAUAAUGAUCACAAGCAGUCACGUUUGACUCGCCAAACAGAACGCUGCACUACUCACAGCAGAGGGGGAGAAGAAAAGACUGAGCGAGAGACACAGCAUUUAUUGCCCUGUGUAUGAGCCCUGAAAGACUGAUAGCUUUUGCGACAUGCUGCAAUCUACCCCAUUCCAAACAUGAACACACAGAUGUUAAAACAAAAUGCAAUCAGCUGAAAACUUUCAUGCUGUAGAAAGAUGCAAAUCUGCACAUUCUAACACUAGUUUUUGUUUUUGUUUUGUUUUAUAAGGCCUGAUGUCCUUAUUUUGAAAGUGCGGCCAUUACGUCUGCUCACUGGACACAUCAGAUGUAGUCAUGCAGUAAGAACAACUCAUCUGUUCCACGGUUCUUCCCAUGAUGCAAAUGAGCAGAUGAUGCAUCACUGCAAAAAUCAUUGUCUUAAUUGGUAUCUUUGCCAUUUUCCAGUAAAAAUGUAAACAUCUUUGGAAAAAGAUUAAUUUACAUGAGAAGCAGUGUUGUGCACCAUUUAGAAUUUAAUACAUAUUUUUUCAAAUUACAUUUCUGAAGUUGAAUUGAGGUAGAAAAUAGUAGACAGAAUUGCAAUUCAAAUAAAUGUAUAUAACUAAGUUUUAUUUCAAGACAAAAUCUGAACUUGAAACAAGAAGUGGAAUUGCAAUUUGAAUGAAAAAAAAGAAAUUUGAAGAAUUUUUUAUAACUUUUAUUUCUGGACAAAUGAAUUCGAUCUGU